AUGGCCAUAUUUAUCGACGGCGUCGACGGCGCGAGCGCCUCGGACUCUCCCUCGGACCUCGAAAAGUUCGCGGCCAGCGCCCGCGCAGAGGCGGACGCACUGGCGCUGGAGGCAGAGGAGGCCCGCAAAGCCGCCACCGACGCGCUCGCGGCGCUGGAGUGCGCGCGCGCCGCGUCGGCGGCGGCGUCGGCCUCGGCGGCGGCGACGGCGCUGUCGGCGCGGCUGCGGGCGGGCGCGCUGCGGCCGCGGACCUGGUACGUGGACUGGCUGCGGACGUUUUUGACGCUGGUCGUGGUGCUGCACCACUGCACCACCACCUACCUCGGCUCGUCGCCCUGGACUGCCAAGCGCAAGGACGACACCGCGCUGUGGCUGCUGACUCAGCUCUUCGUCAACGGCAACCAGGCGUACUUCAUGACCCUCUUCUUUUUCAUAUCCGGCAUCUACGUCCCCAGCUCGUUCGAGCGCAAGGGGGCGCUGCGCUUCCUCGGGGACCGCACGCUGAGGCUGAUGCUGCCCUGUGUCGUGUACUCGCUGCUCGCGCCGCCCUUUAUGAACUGGUGGGCCGGCUACGUGAAGGACCCGGCCAGCCACCCGAGCCUGGGCAGCGCGUUUACUAAGUGGCUGGCGCCGGGGUGGCCGACCACGUACAUGCUGCCGACCGGGCCGCCAUGGUUCAUCUACAUGCUGUGGUGCUUAAACGUGGCGUACGUGAUCCUCGCGUGCGCCGCCUCAAGCCGCGCCGGCGCCGCGGUGCUGCGGCGCCUGGGCUGCUGCUGCUGCGGCGCGGGCGCGGCGGUCGCGGACGAGGCCGCCAAGCCGGCGCCGCGGCCGCGGUACACGGCGCGCCAGGCGCUGGGCGGCAGCGCGGCGCUGAUCGCCGUGCUGUUCCUCACCUGCUACGGUGUCCGGAUGCUGGACCUGUUCGCGUUCAACAUCCAACCGUCGAUUUUCGUGCAGCGCGGGCCGUUCGUGCAAUUCAUGCCGGAUUACCUGCCCGUAUACAUCGUCGCCUUCUCACUCGGCGUCUUCGCCGGCCCCAAGAGCCCGUUCUCAAGCACGGCCGACCUGCUGGUGCGCCUGCCACGCUGGGGCGCCGCGUGCCUCGCGGUUGGCGGCGUCUGGUGGCUGCAGGCCGGCUGGCUCCCCAACGUCGUCAUGCACGCGAUGUUUGCGAAUCAGAAGGGCUCUGCGGUGUUCGCCGGCUCCUGGGUGCUGCGCACGUUCGUCGAGCAGAGCUUCUGCGUGGUCUGGUCAGCCGGCCUCCUCAUGGCCUUCCGGGACGGCCUCAACCUGCGGCCUAAUGUCUUCGGCGAAAUCAUCAACGGCGCUGCCUACGCCGCGUUCCUGCUGCACCCCGUCAUCAUCCCGCUGUACGCGGCGGCAAUUAUGGGCUUCACGUUCCCCAGCAUGGUGGUCAACGCGUGCGUGAUCUCGGCGCCGGUGGUCAUCACCGCGUGGCUGCUGGGCGCCGGCCUGAAGGCCAUCCCCGGCGCCCACCGCAUCCUGUGA